AUGAGCACCAUGCGCCUGCUGACACUCGCCCUGCUUUUCUCCUGCUCCUUCGCCCGCGCCGCCUGCGACCCCAAGAUCGUCAACAUCGGCGCCGUGCUGAGCACCCGAAAGCACGAGCAGGUUUUCCGCGAGGCCGUGAACCAGGCCAACAAGCGGCACGGCUCCUGGAAGAUCCAGCUCAACGCCACCUCCGUCACGCACAAGCCCAACGCCAUCCAGAUGGCCCUGUCGGUGUGCGAGGACCUCAUCUCCAGCCAGGUGCCCCCGCGCCCCAUCCCCCGCUUCACCCCCACCCCCGUCUCCUACACGGCCGGCUUCUACCGCAUCCCUGUCCUGGGGCUGACCACCCGCAUGUCCAUCUACUCAGACAAGAGCAUCCACCUGAGCUUCCUGCGCACGGUGCCGCCCUACUCCCACCAGUCGAGCGUCUGGUUCGAGAUGAUGCGCGUCUACGGCUGGAACCACGUCAUCCUGCUGGUCAGCGACGACCACGAGGGCCGCGCGGCGCAGAAGCGCCUGGAGACGCUGCUGGAGGAGCGCGAGUCCAAGGCGGAGAAGGUGCUGCAGUUUGACCCGGGGACCAAGAACGUGACGGCCCUGCUGAUGGAGGCACGGGAGCUGGAGGCACGGGUCAUCAUCCUCUCUGCCAGCGAGGACGACGCUGCCACCGUGUACCGCGCAGCCGCGAUGCUGAACAUGACGGGCUCGGGGUACGUGUGGCUGGUGGGGGAGCGCGAGAUCUCGGGGAACGCCCUGCGCUACGCCCCGGACGGCAUCAUCGGGCUGCAGCUCAUCAACGGCAAGAACGAGUCCGCGCACAUCAGCGACGCCGUGAGCGUGGUGGCGCAGGCGGUGCACGAGCUGCUGGAGAAGGAGAACAUCACGGACCCGCCGCGCGGCUGCGUGGGCAACACCAACAUCUGGAAAACCGGGCCGCUCUUCAAGAGAGUGCUGAUGUCUUCCAAAUACGCGGAAGGGGUGACCGGACGCGUGGAGUUCAAUGAGGACGGCGACCGUAAGUUCGCCAACUACAGUAUCAUGAACCUGCAGAACCGCAAGCUGGUGCAAGUGGGCAUCUACAAUGGCACCCAUGUCAUCCCCAAUGACCGGAAGAUCAUCUGGCCAGGAGGAGAGACAGAGAAACCCCGAGGGUACCAGAUGUCCACCAGGCUAAAGAUCGUGACCAUCCACCAGGAGCCCUUCGUGUACGUCAAGCCCACGAUGAGCGACGGCACGUGCAAGGAGGAGUUCACAGUCAACGGGGACCCCGUCAAGAAAGUGAUCUGCACCGGGCCCNGGGGGCGGGGUCUGAGCGGGGCGCCGGGGACCCUGGAAGCGCACUAGGGUGGAGCCCGUUCGAGUGGAGCCGACGGUGCCCGCGCCCCACCGCCGUGCCGCCCCCAGGUGAACAACAGCAAUAAGAAGGAGUGGAACGGGAUGAUGGGCGAGCUGCUCAGCGGGCAGGCGGACAUGAUCGUGGCCCCGCUGACCAUCAACAACGAGCGAGCCCAGUACAUCGAGUUCUCCAAGCCCUUCAAGUACCAGGGCCUGACCAUUCUGGUCAAGAAGAAGAAAAGCCAGUGUGUCCAGGCUGGGUGGGAACCCCGGGACGGAGCUGGACGUGAGAGUUUCAGGCUGGCAGGAGGGAGUGCAAACGCGCGGGUCGAGGGUCGCCCGACGGCGCGGGCUCCGGUGACCCCCGUCCCUGCCUGCAGCAAACUGCACGCCUUCAUCUGGGACUCGGCGGUGCUGGAGUUCGAGGCCUCGCAGAAGUGCGACCUGGUGACCACGGGCGAGCUGUUCUUCCGCUCUGGCUUCGGCAUCGGAAUGCGCAAGGACAGCCCCUGGAAGCAGAACGUCUCCCUGUCCAUCCUCAAGUCCCAUGAGAACGGCUUCAUGGAAGACCUGGACAAGACGUGGGUGCGGUACCAGGAGUGUGACUCGCGCAGCAAUGCCCCUGCUACUCUCACCUUCGAGAACAUGGCAGGGGUCUUCAUGCUGGUGGCUGGAGGCAUCGUGGCUGGAAUCUUCCUGAUCUUCAUCGAAAUCGCCUACAAGCGGCACAAGGAUGCUCGCCGGAAGCAGAUGCAGCUAGCCUUUGCCGCGGUGAAUGUGUGGAGAAAGAACCUGCAGGAUAGAAAGAGUGGUAGAGCAGAGCCCGACCCUAAAAAGAAAGCCACAUUUAGGGCUAUCACCUCCACCCUGGCUUCCAGCUUCAAGAGACGUAGGUCCUCCAAAGACACGAGCACCGGGGGUGGACGCGGCGCUUUGCAAAACCAAAAAGACACAGUGCUGCCGCGACGUGCUAUUGAGAGGGAGGAGGGCCAGCUGCAGAUGUGUGCCCGUCAUAGGGAGAGCUGAGACGCCCUGCCCGCCCUCCUCUGCCCCCCUCCCCCGCAGACA